CCUUCUCCGCCCCCGCCCUCCGAUUUCCGACCUCACCACCAAAAUCCCAGAAAAAAACGAUCCAAAGUGCUCCGAAUCGAUAACCCACUUGCCGGUUCGAGUUCCGCCGCCGUCCCCCGCCCCAAACCAGCCAAAAAACCCGACCCGUCUGCCCCCAAAAUCACCCGCCCCUGCAGCGAGUGCGGCAAGAAAUUCUGGUCAUGGAAGGCCCUGUUCGGCCACAUGAGGUGCCACCCGGAGCGCCAGUGGCGCGGCAUUAAUCCCCCGCCCAAUCUCCGGCGUCCGCCGUCUCCGUCUCCGUCGACGGAGGAGGACCACGAGGUCGCGAUGUCCCUUCUGAUGCUGGCGAACGGGCCCGCGAUGGCCGUGCCCUUGGUUGCGCUGCCGCCGGAGCCCGACCUGGAAUCCGCACCCGCCUUAGCGGCGGGCGGCGACCCGAGUUGCGGCAGGUUCGAGUGCUCCAGUUGCAAGAAGGUGUUUGGGUCUCACCAGGCUCUCGGCGGGCACAGAGCGAGCCACAAGAACGUGAAGGGCUGUUUUGCCAUUGCAAGAAGCGACGGUGAGGAUGACGGUGGCGGCGGCGGGGAGGACGACGACGGCGGUGGAGGAGGAGGAGGAGAAGGGGAUGAGAGGAUGGGUUCGGGGCACAAGCACAAGUGCAGCAUAUGUUUGAAGGCAUUUUCAAGCGGGCAGGCUUUGGGAGGGCACAAGAGGUGCCAUUGGGAGAGAGGGGAGGACCCAUCAAUGGGCCAUGGGCUCAACGUAUUUGCUCCAAAAGAUGGGCUUUUUGGUGGGCUGGACCUUAACAUGCCAGCCCCAUUGGAGGAGGAGGAGGAUGAUGAGUCAUCUUCUUAUUGUUCAUCUGGGCUGAGUUUGGAUUUGAGACUGGGCAUUUGA